CUUAACCUUGCCCAGGCUCCCCAAAAUUCCUGGCUCCGCCACUGUGUAUCACUGCUAUCACAUGAACAUAUAUAUUCCUUCCUCUUCUAUACUAGUUUCUCCAACUCAUCAUUCAGCUUCCUCAAAUCCCCAACCAAACAUGACUCUACACCAUCACCAUGGUCUUUUCUUUGUUGCUCUUGCAAUUCUUUAUUUUUUCACCAUCUCAUUCCCCACAAUUUCAGCUCGAUCAUUUCCCACUCCUAGCAUUUCCCACAUGCACAAACACAAGUCAUGGGAAGGCUUUCACAACUUCACCAAUUCUCGCCCUGGCCAAACUCACAAAGACUUGUCAACUGUCAAAAACUACUUCCACCGGUUCGGGUACAUUCCAAAUGCGCCACCCACCAACUUUACUGAUGUCUUUGAUGAAACCCUAGUGUAUGCCAUUCAAACCUAUCAAAAGAACUAUCACCUCAAUGUCACCGGCGAGCUUGACAACAACACUGUCAAGCACAUGACGCAUCCACGAUGCGGCGUUCCAGACAUCAUCCACACCAAAAUGAGGAACUCCACCACUGUGCACUUCCACAUGGGUUCCCUCUACUCAUUUUUCGAAGGCUACCCACGAUGGCCAGAGGGAACAAAUCAACUGACCUACGCAUUCUUGCCAGAAAACCAACUCCAUGACGACUACAAAAGCGCGAUUGCGAGCGCGUUCAAUCAGUGGACGCCAGUGGUGAAGAUAGCAUUUGAGGAGACAUCGUCGUAUGAGAUGGCCAACAUCAAGGUUGCGUUCUUCCAAGGGUACCAUGGUGAUGAUAGCCCUUUCGAUGGCCCGAUGGGGGAACUUGCGCACUCAUUCGCUCCCACUGAUGGACGUUUCCACUUGGAUGCUGAUGAGUAUUGGAUGGCAUCUGGUGAUGUCACAACAUCACCGGUGGAGAGGGCAAUGGACCUAGAAACUGUGGCAGUGCAUGAGAUUGGACACUUGCUAGGGUUGGGUCAUUCGAGCGACCAAAAUGCUAUCAUGUACCCUCUUAUAUCAUCACGAGUAAAGAAGGUGGAUCUCACUAGUGAUGAUAUAGAAGGGAUUCGAGAGUUAUAUGGCAUCAAUUAG